AAGGAAACCUUAUCAAGUUCUAUCGUACAACCUACCUCCAAACCCGAUUCAUUGAAAUUGUGGAGAGAAAAAACACUAUUCUCAGAAGAUAAUCAUCCCUUGGACCGAACAGCUGGUUGCACUGGCGGCUGAGGUGUCAAGCGCGAGGAAUGGUGGCUCGGGGAGGUUCGUGAACGCGCUCAGUGGGUGUUAAUUUUUGUUAAUUUUUCGUGUGGAAACGUUUUGCAUAAAAGGUGGGGUGUAAAUUUUAUUGCCAGGUGUCAAUGGGCAGUAUUUCCCUUCGUGAUUUCAAUAGUAUUUACGUUUCAUUUGUGAUAACGCGUGCAUUCCUCCAUCAUCGGCUGAAAAAAUAUAUCACGGAAGUGCAAAACAAAGCGAGUGGCGAGUUCGUGCGGCCAGCAAUUUGUGAUCGUGUCGAAGUGCCUAGUUCUCCCGCUGCACCAACAAGGAUCAAAUUCUCCUUCUCUCUUGGGGAACAGGGAUUCGGCCAGCGGAGCAUCCAUGACAAAAAAAGAAAGCGCGAAGCUACUUCCAGAUCCGUGAUCGGCGACAAAGUCAGUUUUCCUAACCACCAGCGCAAAUGGAUCGAUACGCGCCGCUGCCUCCCACCGGUAAUCAACACUCGCCGCCGACGGAGCAGAAGCAACAGCAGCGGGAGCAACAGAUCGGCGAUUCAAUUCCGGAUGUAGAACACAUUCCACCGGCAGAUCAGCGACAGCCUGCAAUGGAGGAAGAGCCGGAAGCAACCGGUGCGGAAACCACCGCUACAACCCGUGGUACCGCAAACGUUCGAUCGCGUGUACGCUACUGGCUGAACGAUAUUGUCGAUGAAAUGCGAAAGAAGAGCCCGGCGUCGGUUCAGAAAUGGGUCGAUUCCAUACAAAUGCCAAGCAACGCCAACAGCGCCGGACUUUCGACGGAACAGGAAUCAAACGUGUCACUGCCAGGAACAGAACAGCUAGCGACGACCUCAAACCUUACCGGUCCGCUUGAUCACCAGCAGCUGGUGCACACAACGGUGGAUGUGGAGCCGAGGGCAUUGCAAGACCAAAGGUGGAACAAUAGCAGCAGUGAUGAGCAGCCAGAGGAAGAAGCAGAAGUGGAAGAGAAGGGUGGUAUUACUCAGGAGAGCGAUCUAUGUCAACAGCAGGAAGCCACAGCAACCGAAUGCAGCUCACAGAAUGUACUUAGUGAAAGCCUACCGAACAAUAACAGCAGUACAAUCGGAUCAGAACCAUCCGGCAGCAGCACUCCGAAGGUAGCAAAACUAGAGGAGAAUCCGGAACGAUCUAAACCGGCAGCUCCCGAAGGAACUCUUUCGAUACGGAACUUUCUCUCUAAGAAAACGCUACUAGGAAAGUUCAAUCGAUCUGGUUCGAAUCUGGACCGCAGUCCGACUACGCCAACUGAGAAUGUACCCUUAGCUGCUGGCCCAUCAGAGGUGGUCUGUCCAGAUGGUGAUGACGCCGGCGCACGAACGAACACAGUGCCGGAGCUUGGAGGGAGUUCUUCAGCGUUCGUGAUGGGCAAGAGUAAGAUUAACGAAUUGUACGAUAAGCUGAACAUGAACAAGGCCAAGUACGGAUUGAUAAAGGCGAAGAAGCUGGACCUGCGCAACAUGCUCGGUGUCGGUAGUCGCGACGCAGGAGAGCGAUCGGUACCGGCAAUGCUAAAUGAUCCAACGACCGUGGCUAUUGGUCAGCCGGCCCCGUGCGUGGACGACGCAUGUGGUAGUGAAACGGAGAUUGAUCAACACGAUCGUUCGGGAGCGUCACAGCCGCCGCAAAAUGAACCGUUGGAGGUGAGUGUCAUCGAUGUGGACCCGUCCGAUGCGUACGAGUUUUCUUUCGAUGAAUCAUUCCCCAAAUCCGACGAUAUGAUACCGGGGAUGAUCAGCGAGGAAGAUGAAGAAAAGGAAAACAUACUAGAUACACCUGCCGGCGCGACAGUGGCGGCCCCGGACCAUCCUUAUGCCUAUGACGUGUAUCUGAAUCCAGUGAAACCGCGCACAGCGCGAAUGGGUAUCGGUCGAAUUGGGCGCAGCUCCAGCGAGAAUCCGCGGGCCACCGGCCGACGCUACAAUCUGAUGGAGAUUGGGCGCAGCUUUAGCGAGAUGAACGAUGACGAUGAUGGGUUCGCGAUCAGCGAAGGUAACAACAGUUGCCCGAACCCCUCGUCACUUAACACCAGUUCGAGCAUUAACAACAGCAGCAGCAUCAACAAUCUCACACGUUCCGUCCCCGUCAGUCCAAUACCGCGGACUGCGAGUAAGUUAAGCAUCCAGCAAGAUCAUCUGAUCGGCUCACAAGCACACCAGCAGCAACAGCAGCAGCAGCAUCAUCACCCACCACAGCAACCUAACUUUAUGGAGCAUUCCACGAGGCGUCGCAGCACGAUGCUCGUAAAGGACAGCUCCCUGCAGUCCGACUCUAGUCGUUGUUCGAGCGUGGAAAGUUUGCUGAAUGCUCGCAAGCCGGAUCCGGAAAAGAUACUGCUCAAUCUAGGCUUUGGCCCUGCGCCGCACAGUACUGAUGUUCUAUCUAAAAUACCAAAACGGUUUCUAAAACCAUCCCAGGUACGAGGGGUCGAUACGGAAGCGUUCCUUCGUCAGCAACAGCUCUCCAUGCACAUCCAUGAGAACAGCGUACUGGGCUAUCGAGGGCUAGUAGGCAAUCCACACAUUCCACCCUCAAUGAUAGUGGCGAAAAUAAUGGAACGGUUUCAGGAGAACGAUACGAAAACGCGCCUCAACGCCACCGGAGUCUCGCUGCCACUCUCGGAUAGCCGUAACUCGUCGGGUCCACCGUCACCCGUCCCCAUGAUGACACGGCACGGCUCUCUAGCGACGACCGAUGUUGGGGGGCGCCUGAAGUUUUAGCUUUCCACGCCACCACGCAUGCCAUGUUUACCGGAUCGGCAAUUUUCGGCAUCGGCCUCAAGUGAUAACUUAUGUUUAAUGUGUUAGGAGAGGGUAUUGUAAUGUAGCGAUGGAACCGUACAAGAGCAUAUGAGAUUUCUGCAAACGGAAGGACUGAUCGGGAAGGUUCGAGAACUGGCGAAGGAGAGCCCCCUUUCCUUAACCCCUUGUCCUUUAGCACUUACUUAAAUGGCACCUUAGAACACUCACUCACUCUCUAAUCUGGGUCCAAAUCAGCAACCUUUCAAAUCACCGUACUAUUGUACCCGUUUUUUACAUAUCGACACAAGUUUUCGGAUGACCUUUUACAACGAGAGCACAGACUAUUAUUCUAUUUUGGGUUUCUACGUUGACACUUUUCCUACCUAGAACCGCAAAUCUACUUAAAGUCUUUCUAUCGCUUUCUAAGGCACACGAGCACGCUUUUCCUUGUUUUUUAAGGAUAGAAUUAAGAGAUGUUUAACGCUCAUUUGGCCUUUCCAAAUAGUGAUCGUGAAGAAAGGAUGUGAAAUGUGAAAGAUGAUUGCAAUUGAACAACACACGAUAGGGCGAUUGAGCAUUUUAUAUCUUGUCCUGUUCAUCUUUUCUACAAUCACGAGCUUACCUUCUAAAUCAAAAUUUCCAUUGUGUGAUGUGUCGUCGCUUUGUCGCGUAAUCUUAGCUUCUAUCUUCUAAGUUUUCGAAUGAUGUAAGAUAUUAGAAAACAUACCGCACUAUGGCGCAUGGUGGCUAAAUUAUGACCUAAGCAUAUCCGAACUCUUAUACCAAGGAUGUAGCAUUCGCAGCAAUCAACAAUCUGAACCAGCAAUGGAAUAGCGGUAGUAUCAGUAUCAACAAUCGCAAUCACAAGCAUUAGUGCUGGCUACAAGCUUGUUUGCUAAAAAAUUAGAAAAUCGACCCAAAAUUGCCAUUCAAUCGGUGAUGCUGGUGGAUUUUAUAUAUUUUUCAAACGAAACACGUGAGCCAGAGGCAUUUUACACUUGUUCAGGAUAGGAUGGACCUUUACAAAGGGUUCGUAGCCAAUCUUUUCGUAAACUUUGUUAUCGAAUCUCUAUUUCUGCGGCACUGGAGAAGCAAAAGCGCACUUGUUAGAUAAAUAGAAACGUCAAAAUGGCAUUUCACUGGGAGUCCUUGUUAUAUUUCAUUACAUCCGACCACAUCAUGCAUCAAAUCUUAUUCU